GAGCUGGAGGAAGCAGAGAAGACUUUUAUUUUGAAGAUAUAAAUAUCAAAAAGGGAGUCCGCUUCUCUUACACAAACAGCAGUCGUCCCUGCCUCUCCGGCUCCCCAGAGAGAGAGUGAAAGCAUUAUGGGCAAACACAACAGCAAACUGGCCCCAGAGGUCCUGGACGACCUGACCAAGAGCACGGAAUUCAACGAGGCAGAGCUCAAGCAGUGGUACAAGGGUUUCCUCAAAGACUGCCCCUCUGGCAUCCUCAACCUGGAGGAGUUUCAGCAGCUCUAUGUUAAGUUCUUCCCGUACGGCGACGCCUCCAAGUUCGCGCAGCAUGCAUUCCGGACGUUUGACAAGAACGGCGACGGCACCAUCGACUUCAGGGAGUUCAUCUGUGCCCUGUCCAUCACGUCCAGGGGAAGCUUCGAGCAGAAGCUCAACUGGGCCUUCAACAUGUACGACCUGGACGGGGACGGGAAGAUCACGCGCAUGGAGAUGCUCGAGAUCAUAGAGGCUAUCUACAAGAUGGUGGGCACGGUGAUCAUGAUGCGUAUGAACGAGGACGGCCUGACCCCUCAGCAGCGCGUGGACAAAAUCUUCUCCAAAAUGGACAAGGACCACAACGACGAGAUCACCCUGGAAGAGUUCAAAGAAGCGGCCAAGUCUGACCCCUCCAUCGUCCUACUGCUGCAGUGUGACGUGCAGAAGUAGAGAGGGAUGGGUGGAGAUGCAGAGGG